UACUACGGCCAUUGAAAGACACACCAUACUGAAUAUCGCUUACGCGCUUGAUGAAAACCUUCAAAUCAUUAUUUACGUAUAUACAUGUAAGAAGCAUUAUUACUUUGGCCUAAACUUUUGCUUGACGAGUAAGGCCAACCAGAUUCUAACAGCAUUUCUCUACCCGGUUUUCUGCCACCAUGUGUCCGUUCUACGAAGUAGUCGCAAACAACAUACCGUGAAGAGAUAUUCUGCCUCUGAUUUCGUUGAGCUAUUCAAGGCAAUGCUGCAAAUCCGGGAGUGAAUGCACUGAAGAUACCAUCCACACGCGUGAUGACUUCCAUCUGAAAUGCUGUCGUUGUCAGAGAUAUACAUUUUCUCACACAGGGCUGAAGUUCUGGUCUUCAAAACCUAUAGGUAUGUCAACGCAGAUACCAGAUCUGUUUUUGCCAAACGGCUGAAAGAAGUGAAACGAGGACAGUUGCCACCACACUUUGUGGAGUCCGAUGUGACAUAUUACUACAUCAAAAGAGGAGGCCUUUACUUUGUGGCUUCUUCACUUCAGAACAUCUCGGCAGUCUUGGUCAUAGAACUGCUCUGCAGGUUGUACCAUGUUUGUAAGGACUUCUGUGGUGUGAUCAGUGAGGACUCUGUUAAAGCUAAUGUCUUGCUGAUACAGGAGCUUCUUGAUGAGAUAUUGGAUUUAGGUUAUGUCCAGUUGGCAAGCACAGAGAAGUUGAAGCCGUACAUACAGUCUGACCCCGUAUUGGUUAGGCCUAGUCGGUCUCCCUCAGAGGAUGUGGCUGCCAGGCUGUUGGGUUUUGAGAGCCGUGUGGCACCAAGCAGUGCUGCUGACAGGCCAGUGACCACCAGGAAACAUCAGGACCAGGUUGCUGGAUCUACCAAAAAUGAGAUAUUCGUGGAUGUGAUUGAAAGGAUGAACACUGUUAUAGGACCAAAUGGGACUGUGAUGAGGUCAGAGGUUAAUGGCAGUGUAAACAUGCGAAGCUUCCUGGCAGGAAAUCCCUCUAUUAAGAUAGCAGUCAAUGAGGAUCUAAUAAUAAACCAGGAUAAGUCUUCAUCAGGUUAUGGCAGUCACGUUCAACUGAACUGUUGUACAUUUCAUCCCACUGUGAAAUUAGACGACUUCGAGGAGUCAAGAAUUCUGGUGGUACAACCUCCUGCUGGCGAGUUUUCCUUGAUGAAUUACACAGUCAGCGGUGACUUGCCGUCAGAGGUUCCGUUCCAGGUGAAGGUAUUUGUGGGAGAAGCUGAACAGUCCAGAGACACUGAGCUGGUGCUGCGGAUAAAGGGAACUUUCUCUUCCAAUACUCAUGCUGUCAAUGUCAUUGUCAAAGUACCAGUCUCCAAACAUGUCACCAGCAUCACACAACAGCUCAGUGGCAGUGAUCAGACAGCUGAGCCUCCUGUCUGCUCAGGGCCUGCUCGUGUGGAGGAUUCAAGAGGUUCACAGGAGGCCUGGAGCAUGUCUCCAGAUUCAGGCUGAUCAGCCAGACAGGACGCAAGUUACAGAGAAAAGAGAUCGGGCCAAUUGCCAUGGAGUUUGAGAUUUCUGGACUAACAUCUUCAGGUUUUCACAUACGCUCUCUCAGAGUGUACGAUAGAAAAGUGGGC